UGAGCAAGAGUGCUUCCCCAGGGGGCAGUGAGCACCUUCCAUCCUUGCCCAGUCAUUAGGGGCAUGUGGUUCCCGUAGCCCCCUGGGCUUCCUGCUCAUGGCACUGAUGGCCCUAUAUUGUCACUGCCCACUUAGGAUCUGUCUCCUUAAGGACAGACCCAUCUCUGCAUCCCUACAAUUGCCCAGAACAGGGUGGGCAGAGAGCCUCUGUUGAAUAGAGAGAGGUGGAGUGGAGAGCCAGCAGGCCAAGGGCCAGGCAAGGACAACCACCUGAAAGCCUCUUGUGCUUGAGGGGUCCAACCCCUCCCAGCCUAGUUUCCCCUGUGUGGUGGUUUCUCCAGCUCCGCCCUCUCAGCCCCUCCAGCUUGGUCUGCACAGCUUCCUGCCCCUGGCACUCUGGUCUGCGGCGCCAUGGCCCAAACUGUCCACCUCUCCUGCCUCCUGGCCCUGUUGGUGGCAGGUCUGGCUGAAGGCUUCAAUGGCUCCCCCGGGGGCCAGGACCCAGGGCCCUGGCCGCUGGAGCUGAAAGAGGUCUUCAUGUUAUUCCAGAUCCAGUACAACCGGAGUUACUCGAGCCCAGCAGAGUAUGCUCACCGCCUGGACAUCUUUGCCCGCAACCUGGCUCAGGCUCAGCGGCUGCAGGAGGACGACUUGGGCACGGCUGAGUUUGGGGUGUCCCCAUUCAGUGACCUCACAGAGGAGGAGUUUGGCCAGCUCUAUGGGCAUCGGAGGGCGGCUGCAGGGGCCCCCCAUGUGGGCAGAAAGGUAGAGUCUGAAGAGUGGGAGAAGACAGUGCCCCAGACCUGUGACUGGCGGAAGGCAGCCGGUGUCAUCUCAUCCGUCAAGAACCAGGAAAUGUGUAACUGCUGCUGGGCCAUGGCGGCUGCGGGCAACAUUGAGGCCCUGUGGGCCAUCACAUACCAUCAGUCUGUGGAAGUCUCCGUACAGCAGCUGCUCGACUGUGACCGCUGUGGGAAUGGCUGCAAGGGUGGCUUCGUCUGGGAUGCGUUCCUGACUGUUCUCAACAACAGUGGCCUGGCCAGUGAAAAGGACUACCCAUUCCGGGGGGAUGCCAAACCCCACAGGUGCCAGGCCAAGAAGCCCAAGGUGGCCUGGAUCCAGGAUUUCAUCAGGCUGCCGGAGGACGAGCAGAAAAUCGCCGAGUACCUGGCCACCCAUGGCCCCAUCACAGUGACCAUCAACAUGAAGCUACUGCAGCAAUACCAAAAGGGUGUGAUCAAGGCCACGCCCACCACCUGUGACCCCCAGCAUUUGGAUCAUUCUGUCUUGCUGGUGGGUUUCGGUGGAGGCAAGUCAGUGGAGGGGAGGCGACCAGGGGCAGUCUCAUCCCAGUCUCGUCCUCGCCGCUCCUCCUCAUACUGGAUCCUGAAGAACUCCUGGGGGGCCAACUGGGGCGAGGAGGGCUAUUUCCGGCUACAUCGAGGGAGCAAUACAUGUGGCAUCACCAAGUACGCGCUCACUGCCCUAGUGGACCAACCACGUAAGAGGCGGCCAGUCUCCUGCCCUCCCUGAGCUCGCCUGGCUGCCCCUCAGCUCUUUCCUGCUGUGCCAGCUACCUCCUUGCUAGCCCCAUCCCAAGGUCUCGGCCUGUGCUCCCAAUCUUCUUGCUACAGAUUGAAUAAACCAAGACAAGAGCCCUGUC